AUGAGGAAAAUUCUCUUCUUCAUAUUGGGUAUUUCAUUUUUCGCGGCAGAUUGUGCCAAGAAGCAGAGCGCCCCCGCUCAGCGCGUUCUUCCAGAUCUCACAAAGUUUGGAGGCUCGUACCUCGUCAAAGUCGAGUAUGCCGACAAUGUGCCGCAGGUUACCUGCACAGGCAAGAAAAACGUUAAAACACUAAAGUUGGCGUACGGAGGAGAUAAAAUUUGGGAGGAUAAGAGCAAGACGUGCAAAUCAGCUGUGGUCCUUUUCGGCCUCGCUGCCCCGCAGUUGGCCGUACUCGAGAUAAACGGUGAGAAUAAAAAGGUUUACAGAUACCAUGAUGGAAAGCAGUGGAAAGAUGGUAAUGAGAGCAAGCAUAAGAAGAAACUUGAGGAGCUCAAGACGGAAGCAAAAGAUCAUCCCAUAACUCCCCAGCAGACUUCCAAGCCGGCAACUCCAGCUGCUUCACAGGCUCCACCUGCUCAACAGGUUAGUCAGCAACCAACGGGAGCUCCUGCUGUUCAACAAGAAGGGGCACAGGCCAAGCCAGGAGAUGCUCCGGUUGUCAAGGGACAAGGUCAAGCUGUUCCGCAGACUCCUCAGGGGCAACCACAGGCGAAUGCACAGCCACCAGUCAAGCCUAAGGAAGAACCCAAGGCUACUGAGCCAACCAAUAAGUCACCGGCUCAACAAGGUAGUAAAGAGGAGAAUAAACCAGAGUCUGUUCCUGAAGUUAAGCAGGAACAAAAUCCAGCUACAAAUCUCCAGGGUGGUGCCAAGAAAGAGCAAGACGAAGCUAAAGAACAACAACCAGCAGCUAAGCCUGUAACUCUGAGUGAACGUGCUAAAAAGGUUGAUGCAAAGUCGUUUGAUGUGAGAGAAUCUAGCUCUAAUGGAGUGCCACUUUUGACAUGCACACCAAAGGAUAAGAAGAAGCCUACAAAGCUUGUUUAUGGUGACGAAACCAUAUGGAGCGGAAACAAAAGCGUACUGUUCUUAUCGGCUUUAAUCUACUUUAAAGGAGAUAAACCAUAUGUUGUAACAUUGAGCAAGAAAGAAAAUGGAAAGGAUCACACUCUCUUCCUCCAUAAGGAUGAAACGGGAAAAUGGGUUAAUGACAAGAAUAAACAUGCAGAAAAGCUCAAGGAACUUCAAGAUGCCGCUAGACCAAAAGAAUCUCCAGAAGCAGUCAAAGAUAAUGUAGAAGAGAAGGUAAGGUCUGCCCCUGAACAAGAAGUGAAGCUUCAACAGGCACAAAACAUUGGAUCUUUACCCGAUCCAAAGUCUAGGCAAUUUAAAAGACACUGUAAACAUAAGAUGCAUGAUGACGACGAUGACCCACCAACUCCAUCUCACGACAACUUCAAGGUAGACGAAUCUCUAUUCAAUGUAGAGAAUGGACAAGAAGACGGUGUUCCAGUUCUUAAACUCACAGCCAAGGAUGGUACAUCUACUAACAAGCUCACAUUUGAUGGUGUAUCACUAUGGCAAGGUAGAAAUGCUGGUGAUUCAUGUUCAGUAGCUACUUUCUACCUUGGACCAAACAAUGACCCAGUAGGUGCUUCUUACAGAUUCAAGAGAGAAAAUGAUGGCAAGACAGUAGAAGGUUACCGCCAAUUCUCAGAUGGCAACUGGUCCCAAGUUAAGAAGGACGACCUCACCAAGCUACUCGAGGAAGUUAAACAAGCACCAGAGAUGAGUGAUGAAGAUACAACCCCAAUCCAAAUUGAUCUUUUGGACCUAAAGUCCAAAGCAGACUCUACUCUAUUUGACGCAGAUGGAGAUUAUGAAGGCGAAUUUCCAGUUUUAAGGUUGACACCUAAGACUGGAGUUACGGCUGGAAAACUUACAUUUAAUGGUCAGACACUUUGGACAUGUCAGGGUCCCAGUGAUGCAUGUUUGUCGGCUAUCUUCUACCUGGGAACAAGUGGACCUGUAGCUGCUACAUACACUGUUAAGGGAAGAAAGGUAUUCGAAACCUAUCGUAAAUUUUCAGGUGGACAAUGGACUUCAGUAAAUAAGGAAGGACUUGAUGAGUUACUUGAAGAACUCAAAAAAGACCUCGGAAGAAUUAGAGAACACUGCACAUGGGAAAAACUCGUUAAAGCUGCACCUGAUGAAAAGGAUGGCCUGUUAGACACGGAAGACCCAUCAGAUCCGGAAUCUAAAGAAAUUGAUCGAGACUGCACUGAAACUAAGCACGACGAUAUUCCACCUGAUCUCAAAUCCAAGGUCGAUGCCUCCCUAUUCGACCUAGAGAGCUCUCUUGAAAAUGAUCUUCCAGUUCUUAAACUCAAGGCUAAGGAAGGUACUUCUACUAACAAGCUCACGUUCGACAAUUUGACAGUUUGGGAGAGUAGUGAUCCAAGGGAUAGUUGUUCUUCAGCGACGUUCUAUCUCAGACCAAAUAAUGACCCAGUGGCAGCCUUGUACAGAUUCUACAGAGGAAGUGAUGGUGCAACAGUAGAAGGCUAUCGCAAGCUUGUAGAUGGAAAAUGGGAGAUUCUCAAGAAGGAUGACCUCACCAAGUUUCUUGAAGAAGUUAAACAAACAUCGGAGAUGGAUGAUGAUACCUCACAACCUACAGUCGAAGGAUCCAUGCCAGAUCCAGAGUCUAGGAAAUUUCAUAGGCAGUGUAGACCCAGAAUGCACGAUGAUGACAAUCCACCAACUCCAUCCCAUGAAGACUUCAAAGUUGACGAAUCCCUAUUCAAAGCUGAGAACGGAAAAGAUGAAGGUCUUAAUGUUAUAAAGUUGACUGCCAAGGAUGACGCUAAGCCGAAUAAACUUACCUUUGCUGGUAAAGAUGUAUGGAAGGCUCAGAAUGAUGGUGAUUCAUGUUCAGUAGCUACUUUCUACCUUGGACCAAACAAUGACCUAGUUGCUGCUAAAUUUACUUAUAAGAAGGCUGAUGAUAAAUUGGGUGUAGGUUAUCGUAAACAUUCUAGUGAUGGUUGGGAAUUUAUCAAAAGUGAUGCAUUCCAGAAGCUGCUUCAGGAAGUGAGAUCUCAACAGGCACAGAAUAUUGGAGCACUACCAGAUCCCGGCUCUAGGACAAUUCACAAGAAAUGCACACCCAGAAUGCACGAUGACGAUGACCCACCAACUCCAUCUCACGACAGCUUCAAAGUUGAUGAAUCCUUGUUCAAUGUUGAAGAGGGACAAGAGAAUGGCCUUAGAACUCUCAAGCUCACAGCCAAGGAUGGUACAUCUACUAACAAGCUCACAUUUGGAGGUUUUACAGUUUGGGAGGCUCAGAAUGGCACUGAUUUAUGUUCAGUAGCAACAUUUUACCUGGGACAAAAUAAUAACCCGGUGGCUGCUAAAUUUACUUAUAAGAAGGCUGAUGAUAAAUUGGGUGUAGGUUAUCGCAAACACUCUAACUACAAGUGGGAAUUUAUCAAAAGUGAUGCAUUCCAGGAGUUACUUAAAGAGACUGGAGAAACACUUGGAGAAUUUAAAGAUGACUGCACUCCAACUAAACAUGACAAUCCACCCACAGUCGAAGGAUCCAUGCCAGGUCCUGGAUCCAAGGAAAUUAAAAUAGACUGUACACGCAAGAUGCACGAUGAUGACAAUCCACCUGAAUCAGGGUCCAUACCUGACCCUGGGGAAAUCAAAAGGAAAUGUACACCACGUCAGCGUGACGACAAUCCACCUGCAGUCGAAGGAUCCAUGCCAGAUCCAGAGUCUAGGAAAUUUCAUAGGCAGUGUAAACAUAAGAUGCAUGAUGACGAUGAUCCACCAACUCCAUCCCAUGAAGACUUCAAAGUUGACGAAUCCCUAUUCAAAGCUGAGAACGGAAAAGAUGAAGGUCUUAAUGUUAUAAAGUUGACUGCCAAGGAUGACGCUAAGCCGAAUAACCUUACCUUUGAUGGUAAAGAUGUCUGGGAAUGUCAGAAUGGCACUGAUUUAUGCUCAGCAGCAACAUUUUAUCUCGGACCAGACAAUAACCCAGUGGCUGCUAAAUUUACUUAUAAGAAGGCUGAUAACAAGUUGGGUGUGGGCUAUCGUAAACUUUCUAAUGGCAAGUGGGAAUAUAUCAAAGGUGAUACAUUCAAGAACUUACUUCAGGAGACUAAAGAAAAACCUAGGGAAUUUCGCAAUGACUGUACAAAAAAUAUGCACGGUGAUAAUCCGCAACUAGCAGCUAUGCCAGGAGGACCUUCGGAAGAUCCCAUGGAGAUUCAAAGAAGAUGCAGUAAAAGAAGGAAACCAACGACUGAGGCUGAGCUAAAGAAAAAAUACGAUUCACUGGCAACGACAAGCACCCUUGAUAUUCAUGGAAAGGUUGAUAAUAACACGACAGUUUUCAACAAGAAUACAUCUGAUGGUACGAUUCUCAUGGCAUUCAGUUCAAAGGAAGGUCACUACUUUAACAAUGUGGUUCAGGGUAGCAUUACCGUAUGGACUGCUGAAAAUGGUGAAAAGUGCACCUCUGUCAAUCACAGGCGUACUAAGCCAGAAGAAAUUAUCAGAGUUUUUGUGAGAACUCCGACAGCUUUCAAGAGACUCUAUUACCGUAGUGGUGAUAAUAAAUGGACCAAAAUUCAGAGACAUGAGUACUUUAAUAGACUCAAGUUAGCCCAAAAUACAUCUAGUCCAGACCACAAACCAGCUCCAAAGCAUGACGAUUUGGAUGAUGUUAUACACGAUGAAGAAGCAGAUGAAGAGGAAGAAGAAAAAGAACAAGAAGAAUAUGCAGACGUUUAG